GUGAACUAAAAACCCUAUUUCUGAGCCAAAGUCUUGAGAUUAUUUUUUGUAGUGAAUCAAAGAAGGCUAUAACAUAGCAUGGAUUGGAAUGGUAAUGUUAGAAUGCCAUAUGUUUCUCGACCUCUAGACACCUCCAAUCUCUUCUCUCUCUACAACUCCAAUUUCGAUCACUUCCAAGCUCAAGAAUUGAAGCAGCAAACAAUGAUGCCGAUGAUGAUGAUGAACGCAAACAAUCCGGAGGUGGAUCCGAAGAAGAGGCGUUUAAGCAACGAGCAGCUGGAGAUGCUCGAAAACAGCUUCCACGAAGAGAUAAAGCUGGAACCGGACCGGAAAAUGAAGCUGGCGAAGGAGCUAGGGCUGCAGCCGCGCCAGAUCGCGAUCUGGUUCCAGAACCGGAGGGCUCGGUGGAAGGGCAAGCGCCUCGAGCACUUGUACGACGCACUUAAGCACGAGUACGAUGCUGUUUCUAGGGAUAGAGAAGAGUUGCAACAGGAGGUUAUGGCACUCAGGGAAAUCCUCAAGGAUCACGUAGCAAAAAAACUAGUACUAUCAACCGAUAUUUCCGGCGACGAAACUGUGGAAAGCACAUCCAUUCCGAGCUCCGACACGGUGGCAGCAGCGCCGGCUUCGACAGCUAACCUUCACCAGAUUGCAGAAUGCAACUACCCACUGGACAUGGGAGACUACAAUAAUAAUACACCUCCCUGUUGGGCUACCUCAAUGCCUUCUUGUCCUUGAAUUACUUCAAUUAUGGAGCUUAGUAGUUGUCGUUGUUUCUUUUUUGGAGAGGACUUAAUUAGUUGAUGUUUGUACAUCUUUUUCUUGUCAAACCUAUGGAGUUAUGCUAAUUAUGCUAAGAUUAGUAGCUCUAGGUCUACCUUAGGUGCUUGAAUUUCACUGUUACUUCAUAAAUGAAGCUUAUUGACUUAGGAAAUGUAUUGUUAAACCCAAUUUUAGUGUGUCUUGUUACUUGAAAUUCCAUCUCCAA